GUGAUCGAGAACCCUGAAGUGAUCGAGAACCCUGAAGUGAUCGAGAACCCUGAAAUGAUCGAGAACCCUGAAGUGAUCGAGAACCCUGAGGUGGUCAGGUACCUCGAGAUGAUCGAGAACCUCAAUUUAGGCACCGAGGAAGUCGGGCGGCAGAGCAAACAGCUCAGCUAUCCCAACAGACGGAAGCACGCCAGCGGAGAUCGAAAAAUCAUCGAUUAUCUGGGCCGCAUGUUCGCCGUAUCGUACACCAAAGAACCGCUCAUCAGGAGCUGUCCGGUGACGUUCAUCGCCCAAGAUAUCGUCAUCGGUUCGUCUAGCUGCGCUCUCAGGCUCGGCGGUCCUGGCACAAGCAAGGGGCUCAUGGUGGUACAUGGUUACCCUCACGACGAAAACAUCGAGCCAAACCCUCGCACGGUAGGGGACUUGGCACGAUAUGUGUCCAGUCACGGUGUGGUCGUGAAGAAGACAAUCUUCCACCCGAUGUACAACCACGACACACACGAGCACGACAUUGCCAUAUACUUCCUUAACAAGACCGUACCCACUGCCGUGCCUCUCAAGCUUCCAGUGCCAAUAGACGACUUCGUGGGUCUGAAAGUGUUCAUGGCGAGGUAUCGUUACUACGACGUGUCCGACGACGUGACAAUUCUCAUAGACCCUGAGGAACUCGUCACUAAAGUCGUGCCAAACUCAGAAUGUUCGAGGUCCUCACUGGCGGGUGUGGCUGCGGUCACGUCAAACGAUACACUCUGUGUCGCGCCUACCGAGCGGGAGCUGCCCCCAUGCUAUGGUGAGGUAGGGACACCAAUCGUGCACAUCGGAGGUUCAGGUGCCAUCACCAUGCUGGGUCUGAUGAUGGGUGGUUACCAUCACUGUGCCGGUAAACACUCCUACGCUGAGCCUGCCAUUAAAAUAAUCAAUUAUCUAGACUUUAUAGACGUGGCCACGUCUCCUGUCGAGAUCGUCGACUCUUAUUCUACGGCGGGAUCAGGGGCUUGGUACACGCGGCUCCUGGGGUGACAGUUGGGCGUCUUUUUCCAGACGAAUUCUCAUCUAUUCGUAGGCCAGAGAUUCAUGUCCUUGUAAAUACGCAGCAAUCGAAGACGAUGGCAAUAAAAAAGAUCAACAGGAAUGAAGGCUCGGUUUGCAAUGCUUGGAGGGCGAUACUAUCUUUUCAGAUUGUCAAAAGUCAUAGAAGCUCUACCAUAUGACCCUUUAUACAGUGCAAAAUUCUUUUGAAAAUUUCUUGACGAAGCUUUGAGGAUGAGAAUGUACCUAUACCCAAGCUUAGGCCUCGUUGAUUAAACUUUGUCGUAUUAGGUAAUUAUAAAUUGUGCGUCGAUAAUUGAUGGCCUUACAAUUCACAAGUCUAUAUAAUAUAGAUGAAUUGAAAAACAUUAUAGUAUUUAUAAAAUGCAGUCAUUCAAACUUCAACAACACCAGUAUAUCUAAAAUAUAAUAGUGGCAAAAAAUGCAUGCACUAACUAGCCGAUAAUUAAUUUGUCUUUCAAAAUUAACAGAUCGAUACCCUCGAUAGCAUUCAUAGAUAUAAGUUUACAGUUUCCAAUUUAAAGUUUAGUCUACUUACCCAGUAACCGGGGACAAAUAUAUCGGUAUUUUACCUUAUUUAUUGGUCAGGGGACAGGAGCGUGACAAGAACCCGGUGGGCGGAAGCGAAGGCUAUAUAAGGGCUAGUAACCUAAGUAAGGCGGGGGCUAGUAAGGCCCCCGCAUGCAUCAGUUGAGGCAGGUUUGAAAUAAACAUGACGAGUUGCUGUGAUCGCGUUGACCGUAUGCACCCCGCCAAACUUUUGAUUAACGCAAAGCUGCUUUUCAAAUUCAUCUAAAUUAGUUUUGAUAUCUUUUGUUGAUUAGAAAUCCUGAUUUCGAUACAAAAAAAAAUAACUUGCAAGGGCUUUCUUUAAGAUCCUCGACUAUUGAUGGACGCCUUGAGAGGCUGGAAUUAGUAAAUUCGCGUGUACAAUUCCAUUGCUCCUGAUCAGGGUCGUUUCAAAAUAGGCUCAGUUAAUCACUAUUAUGAUUAAUUUCAUACAAUCGUAUCGUAGUUAAAGGUAGCAAAGCAAGUCAAACGUAAAGAAAAGUUAUUGAAACGAGGAGUGAAUUGAAUUUAAACUUGAAAUCUUGAAUGCUUGUUUUCUUGUGGCCGCGGGACGGAUUCAUUUCAACAAAAGUAAAAGCCAAGCGAAAAUAAAUGGCUGGAACUGCGUCAACGGAAGUGCAGCGGCAACAGGCAAGUCGAAGCGGCUUUCAAAUUCAAAUAAGGUUAUAGUAAACUAAAUUUAUUCACUCGAGAUCAAAUUGUCACUCAGUGUGCUAAAAAUAGGUGUUGCUAUAUACGGCGGUGUGUCAGUGGGAACUUUUCUAAUUCCGGAAACCCGGCCCUGACCUAAACUACCCAACAUUAAACUUACCCUAGAUUAAACUAAAACUAUAAUCUUAUGCUUGCGAAAUAAUGUUCAAGGAAUGAACAAAUUUAAGCAGCUGUGGAAAAUUUCCCACACCAUUGUGUACAAUAUCCAGCAGUAACAAAUAUGUACGCAUUAAAAUCAGUAUAGUAAACAGUAUCCGGGAUAGGCAAUACAACAAUAUCCUACAAUGGCAAAAAUGUGCUGAUAACCGUUAUUAAUUUAUUAAUUGAACACAACGUCUUCGUUCGGAACGUUUCUGCACUGAUGUACAAUUAAUUGUGCUCAUGCAGGCGGGCAUCUGCCAGAAGUGAAAUACCGGCCACAGAUCUUUUAUUUAUUGUUUAAUUACCAUAAUUCAUAAUUAUACUUUUAUUAUUUAUAACUCAAUACUAUCUAAAAUGCACUACUUUCUUGUAUCACUCAUCCAUAUAGAGCCCAACUGUUUACUCCUGCUACGAGAUUUGUUAAUGUUGAAAUUCGUUGAAACGAUGCGAUUCAACUCUAUGACGCCAGAAAAAAAAACAUAUUGUAUUUUCUUACAUAUUAUGGACCUAUAUUUUUCUUGUCGAUUAAUGUAGGAUAUAGGGCAAAUCUAGCAACUGUAACACACUUUUUAUUAAAGUGCUUGAUAUAAAUAAAUUGAAAUUCAUCAGGCCCAAUGUUGGCUGCCCUGCGAUCGUUCAGUAAUGUCGGUCAAGGGGAUUUCUUAAAUAAAGAAAUAGAUACACAUAAUUACCUUCUUUUGGUGUUAAAUACUUGAACAUUUAGAAAAUUUAGAAAUAAUUUAUGCCCUCUUAGAUUAAUAAAUACAGCGAAAUCUAAAUUUAGACGCUAGUGCUAUUUUCAAAGUGAACAAAAUGUAACCGAAAAUCCAGCUCAGUGAAUCACGACCAAUUAAAUUUAAUAAUAUCAAA